AUGUCUCUUCGCUCUCUUUGUACUCCCAGCUACAAGACCAAAAUCCUGUUUAGCCAGUUUUUCAAACUGGUACUCAAACUGGCCUUCCCUCUCGCCACCUUUUCUCUGAGAACUGUUGUAGGUUUCGUGGAGUUUAGUCAGCUGGUAUCCAGUGAUUUGAAAGUACUUGGAAGGAGCUCUUACACACUCUGCAGUGAUGGCCAGUUACUUAUUCGACAAGUCCUCCACCCAGAAACAUCUAAGAAGAACUUCCUGCUGUCAGACUGCUUCUAUUCCUUUUAUGAUCUGCGCAAAGAAUUUCACACUUGCUACCCUAGUUCAGCCGCCGUGAAAGACCAGACUAUCAAGACCAUGGCAGAAUAUCUAGGCUUAGGGACAGAUGAAACAGAGGAGGACUUUGGCGUGUGGCAAGUGAAAACCAUGGUGGCUAUCAUUUUCAGCAUGCUCUCUGAAAGUUGUAAUCACAUAUUUACUGAGCCUGAAACUGUGAAAUACAAGUACGAGACAGGUCCUUGUAGUAAAUCUGAAACGGUGGACAGUGAGACAGUAAUACGUGCCAGAGGUUUGCCAUGGCAGUCUUCAGACCAAGAUAUUGCUCGAUUUUUCAAAGGACUCAACAUUGCCAAAGGUGGUGUGGCUCUUUGUCUGAAUGCUCAAGGAAGAAGAAAUGGGGAGGCGUUAGUUCGGUUUGUCAAUUCUGAACAGAGAGAUCUUGCACUGGAAAGACAUAAGCAUCACAUGGGUAGCAGAUACAUUGAGGUUUACAAAGCAACUGGAGAAGAAUUCUUAAAAAUUGCAGGAGGCACCUCCAAUGAAGUGGCCCAGUUCUUGUCUAAGGAGAAUCAAGUUAUCAUCCGGAUGAGAGGCCUUCCUUUCACUGCUACUCAGGAGGAUGUCUUGGGCUUCCUGGGGCCAGAGUGCCCAGUGACAGGAGGGAAAGAAGGACUUCUUUUUGUCAAGUACCCAGAUGGCAGGCCCACAGGAGAUGCAUUUGUGUUAUUUUCCUGUGAAGAAUAUGCACAGAAUGCACUUAAAAAGCACAAAGAAAUACUUGGAAAACGUUACAUUGAACUUUUCAGGAGCACAGCAGCAGAAGUCCAACAGGUACUUAAUAGAUAUAUGUCAACACCUCUUAUCCCCACCCUCCCAACUCCCAUCAUUCCUGUCAUACCCCCGCCAUACACCAUUGCCACGGGCAGCAUACGUGACUGUGUCCGGCUCAGAGGCCUUCCUUACACUGCUGGCAUCGAUGACAUCCUGGAAUUUAUGGGAGAUGCCACAGCUGAUAUCAAGCCCCAUGGAGUUCACAUGGUCCUUAAUCAACAGGGACGACCAUCAGGUGAUGCUUUUAUCCAAAUGAAAUCUGCUGACAAAGCCUUUAUGGUGGCUCAAAAAUGUCACAAAAAAAUGAUGAAGGACCGUUAUGUGGAAGUAUUCCAGUGUUCAGGAGAGGAGAUGAACUUUGUUUUAAUGGGUGGCACUUUAAAUCGUAGUGGCUUAUCCCCACCGCCAUGUAAGUUACCAUGUCUCUCUCCACCAGCUUAUGCUGCUUUCCAAACGGCAGCUGUGAUCCCAGCAGAGGCAGCGCUUUAUCAGCCACAAGCCCUCUUGCCAACCACCAGGACUCCCCAGGCCUCCGCGGCUGCUCCUCCAACUGUUACCUACUACCCAGCUCAGGCUGCUCAGCUUUACAUGAAUUACACAGCUUACUAUCCCAGUCCUCCGGUAUCCCCUACCACAGUGGGGUAUAUUGCAGCUCCUCCAGGAGCUGUAGCCGCUGCUGCCACUGCCACCCACACUCCAAUUCUGCCCCAGCCUGGAGCAUUAGUCCGUAUGCAGGGCUUGCCAUAUAACACAGGAAUGAAGGAGAUACUCAGUUUCUUCCAGGGGUACCAGCUCCAUGCAGAUUCCAUCCUCGUGCUUUACAACUUUAGUGGCCAGCCCAGUGGAGAAGCAUUGGUGACUUUUCCAAGCCUGGAUCUGGCUAAGAAAGCAGUGGCUGAGAAAAACGGACAGCUCCUGGGAAGCCGCUAUGUAGAACUGUACCUGGUCUAA